CGAGGUCGCUUCGAAAUAGUGUUUGGGUGUGAGUCUGUGAUAAGGGAAAUUUUCAAAAUAUCCCACAUUCCGGAGGAAAAAGGCGCAUUUCCGAAAGUUCCACUCUGUCAGUGUGCUUUUGUGUUUUGGGUCUGGCAUCGCGAUAAUCCUCAUUUCCAGGUAAUUUUCCGCAAAAUGCUGCGCAGGAAACUCAAGAGAAAUCGCUCAGGUAUCGAUGAAGUCGACGGGGCAUCGGCGCCAAAGGAAACUGCAGUGACAGAGCCGGAAAUCAAAGAAGCGAAGGUUGACGGUGACAUAACCUCAAACAACAUUCCGCUGUGGAAGAAAUUGUACGAUAUUGAGAUUCGCAUGAAUGCCCAGCUGAGGGGGUUGAAAUUUGGUGGGCCUGUGGCCGCUGUGUACAAUCCAGUGGAGUACGCUUCUGAGCUGCACUGCGCCUACAUGAGGAAGUUCCUGACAGGACAGAAGCACGUGCUUUUUGUGGGCAUGAAUCCGGGACCGUGGGGAAUGUGCCAGACUGGGGUGCCCUUCGGAUACAUCCCAGCCAUCAGGGAUUGGAUGAAACUGGAGGGAAACGUGCAAAAGCCCGAAGGAGAACUUGCUGUGCGUCCUGUGGACGGUUUGAAGUGCACCCGAGCUGAACAGAGCGGCCAGAGAUUCUGGGGUUUGCUGGAGUCUCUCUGUGGGCCACCUGAGAACUUCUUCGAGAAUUGCUUCGUCUACAAUCUCUGCCCUCUGGCAUUCUUCAAGUCGUCCGGAGCAAAUGUAACGCCAGCAGAGCUCAAAGGCGAGGAGAAGAGAAAGCUUCAGGAAAUCUGUAACAAUCGCCUUGCCGAGGCCAUAAAUCUGCUCGAGCCUCGCGUGAUCGUGUCAAUUGGACGUUAUGUGGAGGAUCGCGUGAAGGAACUGUUCAAGCAGAACGCCAUAGAUCACUCAAUAGGCCACAAAUGUCUCCCACAUCCCAGCCCGAGGAGUGUCAACAACACAAAUUGGGGCGAAAAGGCAAGAAAGUGGCUGAUUGAGAACGACGUCGACAGAUUCUUGAAGAAAUCCCAGUGA